GAAAGAAUAUAUUCUGGAUUUUGAAGCUCUGUGAUCGGAGGAUGCUAUUCCGUGGAGUUGCUGUUUUUCUAGUUCAACUAGAACACAACUAGGCUAGAAGUAGUAACACAGUGUCAGUUGAGGGUGUCCUUCAGAGAAGAAACAUGUUCUUGGUUGCUUUCCUAAGCACAUCAAUCAUCCUGUCAAUGGGGGUUGAAGGUCUGGCAGACCAACCUUCUGUUGAGGAACUGAGAAAAGAGAUUGGUUUUAACAUUACGCUAACUACAUUUUGGGACGAAGCUGAGCGACAGAGUGCUGAGAUAUUCUGGGCCCAGCCUACCACAGUCAAAGAAAUCCAAAAACUUGUGCUAGCGGCUAAAAAGUUUGGGUUACACGUGCGACCUGUUGGUGGAAGACAUUCCUGGUCGCCAUUAUUUGCGGACAGGGGUAACAUAGGACUUGACUUAGCCAUGUUAAAGGGAAAGAAAUUCCGAUUUGACAAGAAGCGAAUGUUGGUGAGUUCUCUUGCCUCUGGCACAAUGGAAGAAUUGCAUGCGUUUAACAAGAAAAAUGGCGUAACAAUUCCAUCUGCGCCUGACCUUGGUGAUAUUACCCUACAAGGUACCACUGGUACCUCUGCUCACGGCUCGAUAAUGGAAGAUGGUCCAACUGCGACGUAUGUUUAUGCAAUUGACUUAGUUGAUGGCCAAGGUAAUGUGAGACAAUUUAACGAGGACGAUCAUAAAGUGAUCAUUACUGCUUGCAAGGUUCAUUUAGGAAUGUGCGGGAUCAUCUAUAAAACAACAGUCAAGGUGGUUCCCGACAGAGUUUUUAAGUUUAGUAUAUCGGAAAUUAAAGUUUCCGACUUAAUACUGAAUCAGGAGAAUCGCAAAGAUUUUGUGAUGAGAAACUAUGGGCUGUUUACUAUGUGGCUCGUCUUCAGUGGGGCUUCUGCUCGGGAGAUCCAAGCUAGAGAAUCUGACCCUUUACGCAGACCACCAGAUAGUUGGAAUCCAGCUAAUGAUUUGGUCAGAGUGUGGACAAUGAAUCCGGUGAACAACGACUCUAUUACCCCGGACAAAGUUUCAUUUGAAGACUCCUUUCAAUUAAAAGAUGGCACAGUGAUCACUGGUACUGCUGACUACAGGAUGGCUUCUGAAACUAUCAUCUUUCCAGCUUGGACAGGCACUAACGUCCAUCUCAGGUCUAAUGUUGCUUGGGCUACACCAGAGUCAAAAGAUUUCUCAGCCAGUCAAAAAACAAUUGAGAAUUUCUUCGAUGUCUACGAAACCGCCAUUAAAAGAUUGGGACUCUACACUGAUUCGUUUGGGUUUUUCCGCUGGAUUAGCCACAAAGAUGAUUGCACGUUAUGCCAUACAAAGGUGGCUGAUGAUGACUUCAGAUUGAUCUUAGAGUUGGAGUUGGCCCCAUCUUGCAGACCAUGUAACGAUCAUUUAUUGGAUGAACAAACCAGGGACAAAGUUUGGAGUUCAACGGUUGGCGUUGGCGUUAUGUCAAACAACAGUCGUAUCUUGCCACAUUGGGGUAAAUACUAUGACUAUAUUCCCGGAAUGAUUGACCACCUCCGUCAGAACUAUGGCACCAACUUUGACGAUUUCAUCAAAAUCCGUAAUGAAGCAGAUCUGGAUCCUGACAACAUGUUCACUAAUUCUCAUUUGAGAACCUUGUUCCAUGAAGCGAUCGUUCGAAAUGCUGAGACGAAAACGUGUUCCAGUGUGAAGCAAGUUAAUACAAUGGCAAAAAAGCUGACGAAGUUGUUAGAUGAUAUGGAUCUAGAAACAUGCAACGCUUAA